CUACAAAAAACAGUGCCUGAAAAGAGUAGAAUACAUAUUUUAAUUACAAUGCAAAUCCAAAGCCUGUUUCUUGUAUUUUUAUGCCAACAAGCACCCCUCAUCUCCACACCAUAAAAGGAGGAGAGUUUCCUGGUUUUUGUCUUCCUCUGGUUCCACAAAUCCCAUCUUUUCUGUUUCAAUUGAGUAACCUUUGUCUUUCCAUAGUUUCUCAAGAGUAGUGAAACAAACACUCACUAGUUUGUAAUAAACUAAAUAGAAAAAAAAGGGAACAUUUUUCUACUUCCUUUUUCUUAAUUUGGCUAUGUCAAACAUCACAAGUUGUGAUAGUGGGAGCUUCUCUACAGAGAAUACAAGAGAAGAUGCAGUUAAACAGCAACAAACUGAUCAAAUACUUGGUCAAUUUCAUAGUCCACAUUCUCAUACUUCAACUACAACAAAUAAUAAUAAUAAUAGCAAUGGUUCUAACACAGAUUUACAACCACCUCUUAAGAAGAAAAGGAACCUACCAGGAAAUCCAGAUCCAAGUGCUGAAGUGAUAGCACUAUCACCAACAACACUAAUGGCUACAAACAGAUUCGUAUGUGAAAUAUGUAACAAGGGUUUUCAAAGAGACCAAAAUCUUCAACUGCACCGAAGAGGACACAACUUGCCUUGGAAGCUAAAACAAAGAACUAGUGCAGAAAUUAGAAAGAGGGUUUAUGUUUGUCCUGAACCUUCAUGUGUACACCAUAACCCUGCAAGAGCACUUGGUGAUCUUACUGGAAUUAAAAAGCACUUUUGUAGAAAGCAUGGUGAGAAAAAGUGGAAAUGUGAUAAGUGUUCUAAGAAAUAUGCUGUUCAAUCUGAUUGGAAAGCUCAUUCCAAAAUAUGUGGUACAAGGGAAUACAAAUGUGACUGUGGAACCAUCUUUUCCAGAAGAGACAGCUUCAUUACCCACAGAGCAUUCUGUGACGCAUUGGCUGAAGAGAACAACAAAGCCAACGAAGGAGUACUAUCAAACUUGCAACACCAACCAAUCUCAAAUCUCGUUUCUUCAUUACCUUUAAACCCCAUUAAUAACCCUCAAAUUUGUGGAACUGUAUCAGAAUUCAACAACCAUUCAGAUCACAAGCUCCCAUUAUCAUCCCCUCAUGAACUCAUGUCCAUGUCUGUGCCACCAAAACCCUUCAAUAACAACAUAUUCACUAGAAGCCUUUCAUCAUCAACUUCAUCUCCUUCUCUUCAACUCAGUUCAAAUAAUUCACUCAAUAAUAUCUUAGAAGAAAAUGGAUCACUCCAUUUAUCUGCUGCAACUUCACCUCACAUGUCAGCCACUGCAUUGCUACAAAAAGCUGCUCAAAUGGGUGCAACUGUGAGUAAUAAUAAUGCAGGUAUCAUGACUGAUAAAACUACCGUUGCUACGAACAUGAUGGCGCCGCCGCAGUUUGGUUUGGUGCAACAACAAGGACAUGCUUUCAUGAACCACUACAUGCAACAGCAACAACAACAUUACAAUAAUAAUUUCAAUGCAAAUGGGAUAAUAAAUGGAGGUGGUGUUGGAAUGAAUGGAGUUGAUAUGUUUAAUGCUAUAUUGGAUCAAAGUAAGGCUUUAUCGAAGAUCAUUGAACAAAACAAUCAAACUCAAAGCAUUAAUAGUGUUGUUGGAGGUGGAGGAGGAGGUGCAUCAAGUAAUAGUAAUAAUGUUAUGAACAUUAGUGGAAGUAAGGGUGGUGGAGAUGUAAUGACACUGGAUUUGUUGGGGAUAGGAGGAGGAGGUGCACAUAGUAAUUUCUAUGGAGGUGGUACACAACAACAGGCAGAAAGUGCAGCAGCAGCAGCAGCUGAUGAGGUUUGGAGAAAUUGGUCAACCAAGAAUGGAGGGUUUGAAUCUUUUUCAGCAACAAGCAACAUUUGAAAACACCACCUAGUUUGGUUGGGGGGGAAGCCAAGAAAUACUUAAUAAAUAGUAUUCAACUUUUUGAAUUAGUGGGGUUGCUUUAAUUUUAUUUUCUGUUUUUAUUUUUAGUAUUAUUUAUUUGACUACCCCACACCCCCCUUCCUUCCUUUCGACCAUGACAUGACACAUCAAAUCAUUGAUAUUAAUUGGUCGAUUUUGUAUUCAUGACAAACUAGCUAGCCAGUGUAAGUGUUAUGUGUAGACUCUUAUGAUGGUACCAUAAAUCUGUAUUCAAAUGUUAUAAUGGCAAAUCAUUAAUUAUAAGAAUUCCCUGUUCAAUAUUCA